UUUAAAAAUACAAUUCAUAUUAUACAAUAAUAAUUUAUAAUUUUCAUUUGUACAGAAUACAGAUUUCAAAUUAAUUUUUAAUUUUUACUAUGAAUGCUAAAAUAAUUACAGUUACUGCGUUUUGUAUGGUAUCGGUACUGCAAGGAUAUCAUACAAUAAUUUAUCCAACCGAUUACGCAUCUGCAUUAUAUGAAGACCCCACGCAAGUAACAUUCGACUUUAUAGUGGUCGGAGGAGGAAGUGCUGGAGCAACAGUAGCUGCUCGUUUAAGUGAAAUACCCGAAUGGAAUGUCUUACUAUUGGAAGCUGGAGGUGAUCCACCAGAACUAACCGAAAAUCCACUUUUAUGGACUCGUAACCUAAGGACGGAAUAUGACUGGGAAUUUUUUUCAGAGAAGAACGACAUUUUGUUUAAAGGAAUGGAGAAGGAAAGGUGUAUUUUAUCUAGGGGCCUUGGAUUAGGUGGAUCGUCUUCAAUUAAUGCAAUGAUAUACUUGCGAGGUACUGUAGAAGAUUUUAAUCAAUGGAAAAAUAAGUAUGGUUGUAAUGGAUGGGGCUAUGAAGAUGUUUUACCAUAUUUUAAAAAAUCAGAAGAUUUUGUAGAUACGUCUAGAUAUAAUCAGGAAAUUCAUUCACAAGGUGGACCAUUGACUGUGACACCAUUAGAAACAUUUGAUCCAGCUUAUAAGGUUAUAGCUGAAGCGGAGCAGUCUUUAAAUUUAAUUCAGGUGAAUGAUUUUAACAGAAAAGAACCAGUUAUCGGGUACGGUAAUUUUGAUUCAAAUACUCGUGAUGGUCGUCGAUGUAGUACAUUGAAAGCGUUUUUAAUACCAUCAAGUAGUCGUCCAAAUUUGUAUGUAGCAAAAUAUACUAUUGUUACCAAGGUUUUAAUUAAAGAUGACGUAGCAGUGGGGGUAGAAUUCAAAUAUUCAUCAGAUGAAUUUAAAUCAGUAAAUUGUACAAAAGAAGUGGUAAUAUGUGCUGGACCUAUAAAAAGUCCACAGCUUCUUAUGCUUUCUGGAAUCGGACCAAAAGAACAUUUAAAUGAUCACGGUAUCCCUACCAUUAAGGACCUACCGGUAGGUUUUAACAUGCAGGAUCAUAUGUCACUUCCAGCAUUAGUAUUUACAGAUCGUAAAUAUAGACCAAUGGAGGACAUAAUAAAUGAAAGUAAUGAUUUGUUGAAAAAUGAAAUAAGUCUGUAUUCAAAAAAUAUAUCAUCACUUGGACUUAGUAAGCUUAUGACAUUUUAUAAAUCAAAUGACGAUUUAGAUUAUCCUGAUGUACAGAUUAUAAAAUUCAGAAUUCCGUUCAACUCGACAAAUACUCUUCCAAACAAAAUAAAUGUAUUUACAAACAUGUUUGGAUACGCUAAAGAAGUAACAAAUGUAUACGAUGAAUUAAACUUGUUAAGUGACCUUAUAGUUAUGGCACCAAUUAUUUUACAGCCAUUAAGUACUGGCAGAGUUAUGUUGAACUCGAUCAAUCCAUUGGACAAACCUAAAAUAUUUUUAAAUUAUUUAUCUUGUGAUGAAGAAAUAGAAACCCUGUUAAAGGGUAUUGAAUUUAUUGUAACGUUAUCUAAAACUAAAAGUAUGAUAGAUGCUGGGCUUGUAUUAGAGGAGUUGAAAUUAUCGAAUUGUGCUGAUCAUAUUUGGGACACUAGAGAUUAUUGGAUUUGUGUCAUUCAGAACUUGGCAGCCCCUUUUUAUCACGUUGUCGGUACCUGUAGAAUGGGUUCAGAAGACGAUUCCUGUUCUGUUGUUGAUCCUAAAUUAAGAGUGAAAGGAAUAACUGGGAUGCGGGUAAUUGAUAGUUCAGUUAUGCCGAAAAUUGUUUCUGUAAACACAAACGCAGCUUCAAUAAUGAUUGGAGAAAAAGGAAGUGAUAUAAUAAAAGAAUGUUACGGAAAGCUUUCAUGAGUAUAAAUUAUAAAUAUUAGAAUUAACAAACAUUUUUAUUGAAUGUACUAGAAUAUAGAAAUAAUU